UCCUACGCCCAGUGCCUGGGCAACUCAGGCGGGAGGGGGCCAGAGGGGAGGUGUCGCAACCGCCUCCCUCCCUCUUUCCCCGCCUUGGCACUCAGCUACCUUGCAGAUGAGCGCUCUCACAGACUGCAGCGGGCGGCCGGGCGCCCGGCAUGUCCCCUGAGUGUGUGCAGAGGACGGGCACUGGCCCCUCCUGUAUCCAGGGCCAAGUCAAUCGUACCCAUUUCCCUUUCUUCUCGGAUGUCAAGGGGGACCACCGGCUAGUGCUGAGCGUUGUGGAGACCACCGUGCUGGGGCUCAUCUUUGUGGUGUCACUGCUGGGCAACGCGUGUGCCCUGGUUCUCGUGGCGCGCCGUCGGCGGCGCCGAGGGGCUACAGCCAGCCUAGUGCUCAACCUCUUCUGCGCGGACUUGCUCUUCACCAGCGCCAUCCCUCUAGUGCUCAUCGUACGCUGGACGGAGGCCUGGCUCUUGGGCCCCAUCGUCUGCCACCUGCUCUUCUACGUGAUGACCAUGAGCGGCAGCGUCACGAUCCUCACUCUGGCGGCGGUCAGCCUGGAGCGCAUGGUGUGCAUCGUGCGCCUGCAACGCGGCUUGAGCGGCCCGGGGUGGCGAGCGCAGGCCGCGCUGCUGGCUUUCAUCUGGGGUUACUCAGCGCUCACCGCACUGCCCCUCUGCAUCUUGUUCCGCGUGGUCCCGCAGCGCCUUCCCGGAGGGGACCAGGAGAUUCUGAUUUGUACAUUGGAUUGGCCAAACCGCAUAGGAGAAAUCUCAUGGGAUGUGUUUUUUGUGACUUUGAACUUCCUGGUGCCAGGACUGGUUAUUGUGAUCAGUUACUCCAAAAUUUUACAGAUCACAAAAGCGUCGAGGAAGAGGCUCACGUUGAGUCUGGCGUACUCCGAGAGCCACCAGAUGCGAGUGUCCCAGCAGGACUACAAGCUCUUCCGUACCCUCUUUCUGCUCAUGGUCUCCUUCUUCAUCAUGUGGAGUCCUAUCAUCAUCACCAUCCUCCUGCUCUUGAUCCAGAACUUCAGGCAGGACCUGGUCAUCUGGCCGUCCCUCUUCUUUUGGGUGGUGGCCUUCACGUUUGCCAACUCCGCCCUAAACCCCAUUCUGUACAACAUGUCGCUGUUCAAGAACGAGUGGAGGAAGAUUUUUUGCUGCUGCUUUUUCCCAGAGAAGGAAGCCAUUUUUACAGACACAUCUGUCAGAAGAAAUGACUUGUCUGUUAUUUCCAGCUAACUAGUAGAGCCAGGAGAACUUCUGUGUGCGUGUAAAGGGAGUCGCCAUCCUUGAAUGUCAGCAGGCACCCUGCUGUAAGAAGAUCCAACUUCCAAUAGCACGCAUGUACAGGGCCAGCGAGUUAAGGAAUGAUCACUCUGCAUAAAAAUAUUUUUCCUUUGAAAAAGCUUUCUUUGGGUUCCUUGUUAUGAACUUUUUUUUAGCGUGUUUGUAAUAUAAUUGAGUUAAUAAAUUGUUAUUUAUAACUGUU